AUGAAUGACGAACAAACUUAUGAAUGGGAAACCAUAACAGCAGAGCUAAACAUCACAAAACCAGUGAAUGAGAUUGAAAUACAUGACGUGCUAGGCAAGAGUCUCGAGAAACUAGAAAACUGGGAAGCAUUCUGCGAAAUGUACGCGAAACGGAUGGGUUUCGGCACAAGAAAAGAUGAUGUACGACGUUCUCAUGGGGUCAUUGUAAUGCGGAGGUGGGUUUGUUGUUCUGAGGGUUCGAAAAAAAUCGCAUCACCGGACAUACCAAGAAAAAAAAGACCUCAUGAUGUCACUAGAACUAGAUGUCAGGCAGCAUUGCGUAUCUUACUCACACAACCGUGUAACACUUGGAAAUGCAAAGAGUUCAGCACAAUACACAAUCACGAGCUGGCUACAUCGAGUGAGCGGAGGUUACGAGAGAAUGCCAUGUCAACUUCGAGAUGUGUACAACAGGGUUGUUGGUGCGAGCAAGAAGAAAAGAUAGAGACGGACUCAGAAGGGGAGCUGGGAUUUCUUGAUUGUCUUGCAGAGAAGGAUCCAAAUUUCUUCGUUGUCUAUCAGGUUGACGAGGAGAAUCGAUUGGCUAACUUAUUCUGGGCAGAUGGAAACCCACGUCUGGACUAUGUGGCUUUUGGGGAUGUACUAGGAUUUGACACAACCUACAUGACAAAUGAGUACAAUAAGCCCCUCACUGUUCUCAUUGGCGUCAACCACCAUUUCAACACAUGCAUCUUUGGGUUUGCUCUCCUCCUCCACGAGAAGCUUCCAUCAUAUUGUUGGCUACUUCAAAAAUUUCUAGAAUGCCAUGGAGAUAAGAAGCCAAAUGUUGUAGCUACUGACCAAGAUGUGGCCAUGACACAUGCCAGAUGUUACACACCGUCUAUGUGCUUGGCAUCUCAAUACAAAUGCUUCCAAAAAGGUUAA